AUGUUUCAGCUUUGGAAACUUGUUCUCUUCUGUGGUCUGCUCACUGGGACCUCAGCGUCCCUUCUUAAGAAAGUCGGCAAUGACUUGAAUAAUGUUGGCAGUGACGUGAAUGUUUUGGACAAUUUGAAACCUUUUCUUGACAAAGGGCUUGAGACUGUUGAAGAUGUCCUUCAGAAACUUAAGCUCAACACUGAUGGGCUCCAGGAUUCCAGGGCUUGGCAAGUGAUCCAGAAGAAAUACCAGGAAGCUGAAAAAUAGCUGGACAAUGGCCUUUCUGGUUUGGUUUCAAAUGGAAAGUCUUUGGGGUUGAAAAUCAUUAAGUCCCGCAUCCUGGAUCUCAAAGCUGAACUGACUCCUGAUGGCAUAGGUCUUAACCUGAGGUUCCCCGUCACCGCUACUGUCAACUUUGCCUUGCCUCUCAUUGGAAAUAUUGUCAGCCUGAAAGCCUCCUUGGAUAUCUUGACUGGAGUUAGAAUUGGCACAGAUAUCCAGACUGUUCUCCCUGUGGUGACCCUGGGAGAGUGCGCCAGUGAUGCAGCCAGCAUCCAACUCAGCUUGCUGAACAGCUACAACGCACUCAUCAACAAGGUCGCGGACACCUUGAGCAGGAUCCUAAGCAAAACAGUGUCGUUCAUGAUACAGAAGGAGCUGUGCCCACUGAUCCACUUCUUCCUCAACAACCUGGAAGUGAAUGUCAUUCAAAACAUCAUCCCUUUGACCCAAGAAAUCCUUAAUGUGGACUUUGUUUCUAGCCUGAAGACAGUUGAUUUCCAGGGAUCAUUGAGGAAUAUCUUCCGCCAUUCAACAGGCCUCCUGAAUGCCAUCGACAGCCGGCUAGCCAAUGCCGCCAGCAACGUUGUGUGA